GUUUUGGUGGAAAGGAAUUGCAGUGGAAAUUCGAAAGCAAAAGAGAGGCCGAUCGCGAUGAAUAAAUGCAUGAAAAUAAGGAAUUAUUUUGAAAAAGUACAUAUUUUUAUUAAGACACGUAUGUCUGUGGAGAGCCAAUUACGAAAGAGGUCAACAACACGUUGUAUGUAAAUAUCUCAUCCGAUUGAUAUUCCCAAACCUCACAACGCGGAUCGUUUCUUCACACGAGUAGUAUUCGACGAUCAUGAUGCUCAGUAAGUUGUGCGCGCUCUCUCGCUACACUGGGAUACGAUCCGUCUCGAUCAGCCUCGCGAGCAGUGCCACACGUCAAAAUGCAAUUGGAAUUCGUGGAUUACAUUUCUCCUUCGUGCCGGACAAACCAUCAGGAAAGACCGGAGCGACCGAAAGGCUGAACAUGUUCCAAGCGAUCAACAAUGGUCUGUCAUUAGCCAUGGAGGAGGAUCCGAGCGCUGUUAUCUUUGGAGAAGAUGUUGCCUUCGGCGGUGUGUUCCGUUGCACAAUGGGUCUGCAGAAACGCUUCGGAGCUGACAGAGUAUUCAAUACUCCGCUCUGCGAGCAAGGAAUCGCUGGGUUUGGCAUUGGACUGGCGAACGCAGGUGCAACAGCGAUUGCGGAAAUACAAUUCGCAGAUUACAUUUUCCCAGCCUUUGAUCAGUUGGUAAACGAGGCAGCUAAAAUGAGGUACCGCAGCGGUGGCUCAUUCGAUUGUGGGAAACUUACCAUCCGAGCACCUUGCGGGGCCGUCGGACACGGCGCUCUUUACCACUCGCAGAGUCCCGAGGCCUAUUUUGCCCACACUCCGGGUCUUAAGAUCGUCGUUCCUCGAGGCCCGAUUCAGGCCAAAGGGCUUCUGCUCAGCUGCAUCGAAGAGCCUGAUCCAUGCAUAAUAUUCGAACCGAAAGCUCUCUACCGUUCGGCCAUCGACGACGUUCCAUCCGGGCAUUACAAGACACCGAUCGGCAAGGCCGAAAUUCUGCGCGAGGGUGAUGCAAUAACGCUGAUCGGCUGGGGUAGUCAGGUGCACGUGCUCCUCGAAGUUGCGGACUACGUCCACGAGACGCUCAACGUAUCCUGCGAGGUCAUCGAUCUCGUGUCCAUACUGCCAUGGGACGUCGAUAUCGUCUCCGAGUCCGUUAAAAAAACUGGUCGCGUUGUCAUCGCGCACGAGGCACCCCUCACCAACGGAUUUGGUAGUGAAAUCGCAGCCACGAUUCAGGAGGAAUGUUUCUUGCACCUCGAGGCACCGGUUCGGAGGGUCACAGGAUGGGACACGCCGUUCCCCCACGUAUUCGAGCCUUUCUACUUGCCGGAUAAGUGGCGGUGUUUCGCAGCGAUCAAGAACGCUCUAAAUUACUGAGAGUAAAACCAAUUGGAGCGUAAUCUUUGGGUAAAAUAUGUGAAAUGUAUGAAUCUGAAAGACUUUUGUACGUUGGGAAUGUGAAAUAAAAAAUAUUGAAAAGUUA